CUGUAGAACAUGUGUAUUAAUCUCUCGUAGUGCGCAGGAGGAGAACCUGGAUAGGAGCCAAUAUUCUCUCUAUCAAAACAUGACCAACUCAAUUCCCUCCAUCUCCUCUACCUCUGCUUUCGUUCUCCAGCCCCUCAAAGUCCCAAAACAGCUCUGCAUUUUGCGCAGAACUUCUAUCAUUCACUUAACUUGCACUUCCAAGCCUACACCAAACAGCAGAACCUCCAUGAAUGGUCCCAGAGCCGCUUCAAGACACCGAAAGAGAUCAUCGUAUGGCUCCUCCAGGAGGUCAAUUCUCAAGAAAUCGUUCAAUCAGGAGCAGGUCACUUUCACUGUACCGGUCUCCCACGAACCACACGUUGCGGUGAUAGGUGGCGGCAUGUCCGGUCUCGUUUGCGCUUUAGAGUUGGAGAAAAGAGGGGUCCGGUCCACAGUGUUCGACACGGGAGUUCAUGGUUUGGGAGGAAGAAUGGGAACUAGAGUAAUUAAUCAACAGCCAUUGGUGUUUGAUCAUGCUGCUCAGUUUUUUACUGUGAGUGAUCCUCAAUUUGCUGAGCUGGUCAGUAGCUGGUUGGCAAAAGGUCUAAUUCAAGAAUGGCAAGGUACAAUUGGAGAGCUUGAGGUGGGUGGUCGAUUUGUUCCAUUCCCUUCGUCACCUUCAAGGUAUGUUGGUGUCAAUGGAAUGCGCCCCCUUGGUGACUCUUUACUGUCACAGAAUUGUAUGGUCAAUGUGGUGAGACCUUGUUGGAUAAGUACACUAGAACCAUUCAACGGCAUGUGGCACUUGAGCGAGAAUGGAAAUCCCCGUGGGCAGUAUGAUGUGGUUGUAAUAGCCCAUAAUGGAAAAUGUGCAAAUCGGUUGCUAGCUUCUUCAGGCUUGCCUCUAAUUGCGAGACAAAUGAAGAGGCUGGAAUUGAGUUCCAUAUGGGCCCUUCUUGCAGCAUUUGAGAAUCCCCUUCCUAGCCCUAGUGGCGCGGCAAGUUUUCCUUUUGAAGGAGCCUUUGUUAAGGGAGUUGAUUCUCUCUCAUGGAUGGGAAACAAUUCUGUGAAGCUUUUUGGUUCCCAGAAAAAUAAUCCUCAUUGCUGGACCUUCUUUAGUACUGCAGCAUAUGGAAAACGAAACAAGGUUCCACAGGAAAAUAUCCCAACUGCCACAGCAGAGAAAGUAAAAACAGGCAUGCUUGAGGGAGUAGAAGCUGCACUUGGACUACCAAAAGGGUCAAUUCCGAGCCCCUUCUAUACUCGGGUGCAGUUAUGGGGCGCCGCUCUUCCGACAAACACCCCUGGUAUCCCAUGCAUUUUUGAUCCUUAUGGAAGGGCAGGUAUAUGUGGUGAUUGGCUGUUAGGAUCAAACAUAGAGUCGGCAGCCUUAAGCGGAAUGGCGCUUGGUAAUCAUAUUGCAGACUAUUUGCAAAGUGGUGGACUUUGUCCUGAGGAGUUUGCCGUUGGAUUACACAAUGAAUUUCAUCCAGUUGGAGGACAUGACAUUGGGUUGACAGUACCUGCGAAUGAGCUUCCAGCACUUCAAUUAACUCCUUGAAUUCAAAUCAUACCUCAGAGGAUUCACGUUCUUUCAUGAUUAGGUGGCAUAAUUUGUGUAGAAGUGUUCCUCCUAUUUCACGCUUGCUGGGAAGCUACCAAAUGCUGUGAUUUGACCAGUAAAGAGGCGCAAAUGGCAUUCCAACUCACAAAACUCUUGCAUAGGUAUAUUCUUAGGCCCUGCGCAAUGCCGACAAGCGGGGUACCAGUUUUCAGGGUUUCCUUGAAACAAAAUUUUAAGAACAUGAGCCUCUUAGUUGCGUGCAUAUUGGUCGAUCUCGACAUGAAUGAACCCAUGCAAAAGAUGGAAGUGGAUGAAGAUGAAUGAUGUUUACUGAUCUUCAAUGACGAAAUUGUAAUUGAUGCUUGUUGGUCCUCAUUUGUAUGGAUCAGCAGAUACUUGUUAUUUUUUUGAUAAAUUAAUAUUAAUUUUAUUAGUCGUUGUUUUUUUAAAUGUUUAGGAGGAUUCAAACUUUCGUUAGACAUUGUAAGUAAUGACUUUACCAGGCCAAUAGGUUGUUUCUUACUUGUUUGUUAUUUGAAAGCUUAUUUAGUUC